UUUAAACCGGAAGUGAGCAGCUCGGGAUUGUUUCUGAGUGGAUGGUGGUUGCACAUCAGCGGGGGGAAUGAGGGUGUGAAAGGAAGAAUCCUUGUACACGGUGUUGAAUGAAUGGAAGCAACAGAUCAUCUUUACGACAUCGUGGUAGAAUCUAUUCAACAGACAAUAGCACUUGACAAUUCUAAACCGGGUCCUUAAACUUGGAAGAAAGCAAACCAUCUGCAUGAUCUGUUUUAGCCUUGAUCAAUUCAUGCUUGUUCAGGCUUCUUGCAGCUGAUAAUCUGUUAAACCAAAUUCACCAGUUUCUAAGAGAUGUUUGGGAACUGUGUUGCCAUGAUAGAUGAGUGUGAAGAUGCCUCCAUGACACUCAGUCCUGACUUCUGUCCAAGCUAUCGACUGAACAGCAAGAAGUUGCUCUCCUUUAUCCAAGACAGCAACUCUUCCAUGUCCUUCUCUCCUGAGCCGACAGCAUCGCCUAUGCAAAGCCACUCCCUCAGUCUCAGCUUCUGUGAUGGUGAAACUCCGAAACGUUGCCUGGACUUGUCGAAUCUGAGUAAUGGGGGUGAGGCAUCAGCCUCUCCAGACACUGUACGCAGAGGUUGGUGCCUCGAUUCACCUGGUGUAACAGAUGCACAAACGGGAGAAUUGCACCUUGUGGGAAGAACCCGACAACUACUGCCGGAGAUUCUCUGCAGCAGUCCUAUGCUGGUUACAUCUGGCCCUCAAGCCCUGCUCCAAGAUCAUGUGAAUUUCAGAAGUCUGGACCACAACAAGGAAAAUGAAGGAGAUGAGUUUAAGAAGCCAAUUUGCCUAGCUCCCAAGAUAACACUGCCACCCUCCCAAGGACAAAAAGUCUGUGAAACUAUUUAUUCCUCAACAUCAUCUUUGCUUGGAUUUGAGAUGGAGGCAGUCAAUCAUGCAAUGUCAAAAGACUCUGUGUGCCUGGACUAUGCCAUGGGUGAAGACAGUUCUCCUGAUGAGUUUUUGGAGUUGAUUCAGAAUGAUCCAGAGAGGAAUUCGAGCAUGAACGAGGCCAUGUCCUCCAGCAUGGCUGCUCUUUUCACUGGAGAUCUCAUGAACCAGGGAAUGGACACAAGCACAUUUUACUUUCAGGUUCCUGUCAGGAGGAGCAAGCCAGGCCUGUUUCGGUCACCUUCUAUGCCAGAGAGGCUGCACAAGCCAUUCCUGAAAAGAUUGGAGCGGUCUCGGGAAAUGGACACGCCUGUGAAGAAGAAGCGGCAGAAGAGUUUUGAAUACCCCUCGGAGGACAAGCAGGAGGAUCAGUUCACGAGACAAGAUGCAAUCAGCUGCAAGAUCAAUGCUUCAAAUGCUUUGGAAGAUGAGAGGAACCCCAUGGAGCUGAUAGGGAACUUUUCCAAUGUAUAUGUGUUGCCCACUGUAAUGGGUAAGCAUGAAGAUCUGAAAUACAUCACCCCUGAAACUAUGGCUAAGAUACUACAUGGAGAAUAUGACCACCUUUUAGAAGAAGUCUAUAUCGUUGACUGCCGCUAUCCUUACGAGUUUGCAGGAGGACAUAUCAAGGGUGCCCUGAACCUUCACAGAGCAGAUGAUGCUGUUGAUUACUUUCUAAAGAAACCCAUUAUUCCUAAAUCCAAGGAGAAGAGAUUGAUUCUCAUCUUCCACUGUGAAUUUUCAUCAGAACGAGGACCAAAGAUGUGUCGGUUAGUGCGGGAAGAGGAUCGCAGUAUGAACGACUACCCAAAUCUGUACUAUCCAGAGCUCUACAUUCUGAAAGGAGGGUACAAAGCUUUCUUCUCUCAGUUCAUGAAUUACUGUGACCCUCCCACGUACUGUCCCAUGGAUCAUGUAGACUUCCAGGAGGAGAUGCUGAAACUGCGGAAGAAGAGCAAAUCCUGGGCUGGAGAGCGUCAGAGACGGGACCUCAUCUCAAGACUGAGGAAGAUGUGAAAUGUUGAUCCAGCUCAUUUUCAGCACCUGUUGGAACUGGCCAAUGGAGCCUUCUACAAUGGGGUAUCCAUCCAAAUGCACCACUGCCCAUAAUAUAGCAGAGGAUGUUUCCCCAACACCCAGUUCUUAAUAUACCGUCACAUCAAAGCAGGAAGAUUGAUUGCAACCUGAUGCAAGAAUGGAUUUGAAACAUGAAAGUUUUAACCUUAUUUUUUAGUCUUAUUGCGGGAAUUGCUUAAUUUAAUAGCAUCUUGCUCAUCUGUUUUUAUUUGAGAAAUACUUUGCAUUCUGAGAAUCUCUGCCUAUCCCGAGGGCAUGUGAUGAUUUGCUGUCGAUCCUUGAUAUUGCAGUAGUAUUUGGACGAGUGAAUGGAUUUACCUGGUGGCUGCAAAAUCCCAUUGGUUUCAAAUGUUUUAAAGUGAAGUGGAAUUAUUAAAACCCUGGUCCCAGCAGUUGCAAGACAUGUGCGUUUCUACUGAAACAGAGUUGCUUUCAGAAUCCAGAACAAUAACAAACCCCACCUUUUCAAGGUAUUAUAUUAAUGAAAGUAAAAAUAGUAACACAUUAACAUUCUCUGACUUUGUUUUCUUCCACUCCCUCUGAAUGUCUGACUCGCUUGUGAAAGGUUUUGAUGUGUAUGAGCAACCCCUGUCAUUUAAUAUGACUGUCCAUUUUCACUUUGACUUUAAGCACGAGCUGUGUUAAGGAUUGAAUUGUAAAUGGCAUCAUAUUCUUCCCUGAAAAGCCUCUCCAUUAUUACUGUCAAAAGUUUUAUGAAAGCUGGAUAUGGACCAACCAUUGUUCCAUAUCCAGCACACAGACAAGACUUUUCCUUCUAAACAACUUUUCCCUCCUGAUAAAAGGGCAAGAUUUGGUUUAAUUCCUUGUCCAAGCACAGCUCGGCCCAAGAUCAUCUAAUCAGGGACAAAACAGGUUUGUGGUUGUUUUUAAAUCAAGAGGAACUGGAUAACUUGGAAAUCCCAUUCUCCCCCCACCCCCUUAAUGUCAUUCGCUGAAUCAGCUUUUGAUGUUUUUCUUGACUCCAUAUGACUGGCGGUUUCUUUCUGCUUCUGCUGAAAAUGCCCAGGAAAGGGCUUGUUAUAAUACAAGCAUCUUUCAAAUAUAUUAAAUAAUAUGAUUUCUCCUUCCGAGAGGAUGCAGAGAUGUUAUGAAAUUUGUUAAAGUGUUGAAUAUUAUGGCAGUGGUACGCAUCUAAGACUGUUAAUUUUGAGCAAGGCGUCAGGGAAAUAGACGGGUGUGUAACAUCAUGGUGGGUGCUUUCAGUUUGGUUUGGCAAGGUGCUGGAUGUUGGUAUGCUGAUGGGAGCUGCUGUGUUGUUUCCCUGUCAUGGUUGUCAUGUCCAAGGAGACUGAACUGGAUGCUUUGAAAUUAAAAUAUAGUAAAUGGCAGGAAAUCCUGUGGUAGCAGAAAGCUGUCUUGGGACCGGUCCUAUUUUUUUUUACGCUUCCUAUAGGGGAAAAGUAGGAUUUAGUGUGGAUCUGGGAAAGUUGGCCUGCAGUCACAAUCAUGUGACUCUUGAUAGAUGUUCAAGUAAGAGAAACUAAUAAACGCAGGAUCAGGAAAUAAUUGUAGCCAGGCAAUUUAAUGUAGUGGAUAUGAUGUCAUCCACAUUUCAAUUGUUAAUGAUGCAUGCCUCCACAAAUGGAGGUAUGCAGAGAGCUCACUUGUUGUAGUUCCAGAAUGGUUUUGCCUGCAGAUGAGAAGGUGUUGGAUGUAGAUUUGUCCUAAUCUGUGACAAAACACAAUGGAACACCAAACCAGCAAAAGAAAAAACUGGAUUUGAAAUCUAUUACAUCGUGAGUACAUGAAUGUUGUUUAAAAACAUGACUGGUUCAGUGAUAAGAUGUGUAGUGCAUUGCUCAGGGUGAGAGCUGAACCCAGAAUUGGCAAGCAUUGCCAGCCCUUACCAGAAGGAAUAACAUUAAACCUACUUACUUGAGGCCAGUUCCAUAAACAUACAAAAUGUGUACAUUCCUCCAUUGAAGUAUGCUGGUAUUGGAUGUGAGGAAUAAUCCAAACACAGGAUUCUGCUUAACACACAAAGCACUGGGGGAACUCUGCAGGUCAGGCAGCGUCCAUGGAUAGAAACGAACCACCGACGUAUCAGGCUGCUACCCUUCAUCAGUACCAGUAGAUCUGAGCUUUUGAAAUCCAUAGCUGGAGUAUGAAUAUUCCUGGUGUUUAAUGCCCAUAGUGGUGGGCCACCUUCCUUAACACUGCAGCUUGUGUUGAAAAGGCACUCCCACAGUUAGUUAUUCACUAGAAACUAACAACAGCUCAUUCACCAGCUCUCAUUUUGAGCCACUCAGAAAGAAGUUUUUCUUUUCCCCACAGUAAACUUUAAUAGGUUUGUCGCAGUGAGAUGAGAUGUCCCAAAGAUGUAUUCACUAGCACUGUAGAAUACUGUGUUGGUAAGCAGAAGGGUGUGUGUGUGCGCCUCUGCAUGACAUAUACAGAUUCAUAUUUGCAGCGUACUUUUGUUAGGAUCACCUGAAUAUUGAUCCCAACACGAAAUGGUUGGCUUAAAAUCAUUUGGGUUCUUUUGUAUCUUCAUUGUUUCUGUGGGAUAGGUGACCUUACAGAGGGUAUGUGUGGUUUUCUGUAUCCCUUUCAGAACAAAGUGGACCAUGUGCCUUUGGUUGUACCUGAUGAAUGACUGAAGAAUGAGAAAAGGAGGCACAGGAGAUGUAUCAUCUCGGGGUUAUGGACAACCCACAUAUGAAUGAGUUCCCGUUGUGUUAUGAAAUUAAGAAGUCUGAUAUUCCUAUGGAGGGCAGAAUUAGUUUCUCAUCUGUGUCUGUCCUGCUAGUAGUUGCUCAUUCUUGAUGCUGUUCAUAACAGUACUUUGAAGGUUCACCAUAUUGAGUGUUUUGAUUUUUGUUUGAUGUGUGUUCUGACAUGUGCAAAGUCAACAUGUGGAUAUAUGCAAAAAUGGGACCUAUUAUUGUAAAGGGGUGGCCUAUGUAUUGUACCCAAUUGUGAGACUACAUUUAUUUUAUAAAUGAGGCUUUUAUUUAAUUUUCAUCAAGCCAUGCAUUUUUUAAGUCCUGACUUUCACUGCCUUAAAGAUCAGUGAUUGUCUCCAUUGAGCACUGGUCGCUUGGUGGAGCUCUCAGACACAAUACUGAGCCCAGCUGAACUACCAGAUCCUUGACAGUAAUUAAUUCAACGUCUGUGUCUAAACCAUCAUAAUCUUUGUAACUUGCUGGCUUGGGACUUUUAACCCAACACAUGCAUU